UCCUCCGAGGCUUCCAUUACCAAGCAAAGGCAUCAGGUGGACUAAGUUCGCACGAACCCUUACAGCAUCGCCUGCUCUGCCGAAUUGAAGAUACCAGGCACAUCAUUGUGUCGCUGAACUCUCGAACCAAGACCCCGCAAAUCCCUAUUAGUACUCUGCGAAGAUGCUCGCUCCACCGGUUAACCUGCCCAAGUGGCUGGAAGAAAACUCGCACCUCCUCAAGCCACCCAUCAACAACUAUUGCGUCUACAACGCCGAUUUCACUGUCAUGAUAGUCGGCGGCCCGAACGCCCGCACAGAUUACCACAUAAACCAGACGCCCGAAUGGUUCUAUCAGUACAAGGGCGCCAUGCUGCUCAAGGUGGUCGACGAAGGGGACACCUUCCGGGACAUUGUCAUCCGCGAAGGGGAGAUGUUCCUGCUGCCGCCCAACACGCCGCACAACCCGGUGCGCUUCGCCGACACGGUCGGCAUCGUGCUGGAGCAGAAGCGGCCCGCGGACUCGGUCGACCGCAUGCGCUGGUACUGCCCGCGGGAAGGGUGCGGCGCGGUCGUGCACGAGGCCGCCUUCCACUGUACGGAUCUCGGCACGCAGAUCAAGGAGGCUGUCGAGGCUUUCAAGGCGGACGAGGGGUUGAGGACGUGUAAGAAGUGUGGCGAGGUCGCGGAUUGGUGUCCUAAGCCUGGGUCGAUUCGGGAUCCGAAUUUGGAGUAAUAAGGGGGGUAGUGGAUGGGUUAGGUCAUGGAUUCGGCUGCGUAUUGGUAUCCUUCGUUUGGUCUCGGUGUAAACU